AUGUACAUACCCUCCUACACGAGCCUCCCCUUCCUCAUCCUCUCGCUUUUCCUCGAUCGAGCUUUUACGCUACCUACUGAGGUCUCUUUGGACGAGAUAGCCUUGAUAACCCCUGCUCCUACACCAACACUUGCGGUCUAUGGGACAUACGCAGGAGACAAGCGGGGUAUCGUUAAUGACCUGACUUCGAAGCUGGACUCGUAUGUCAACUCGGUGUUCAGCGAGUUGGGCACGGCUAUUCCAUCAUAUGUCUCCAAUGGCUUGCUUCCCAAUCUACAAGGUUUGCCUACCGGAAGUCAGGUCGCGAGCUCGCUCGGAGUGAGCAGUUCCGAUCUCGCGGCCACUCCCACCCAAGUCUUGAAUAUUCCUGGAUACGGCAAUUGGACUGAUAAUGGCUGGAACUUGCGGAUACAUGGGAAUGUUUUCAAGCAGCCGAAUAUAUCUGAUGAGACCGUGGACAAGUUGGCCAACUUCUUUCUGAUCGAUACCAGUGUCUCCGACCUACCUCCUUCGCAACAAGCCCAGGCGCGCAAUCUCACGAGAGAGAUAUACGUAGUACAGCAAGGCAAUCAAAGUGUCACCAUGGAUAUCCUCCCUAGUCCUGAGUUUGGUUCCAGUGGACAACCGGGAGGAGGUGGUGGCGUGACCCCGGCAGGAGGCGAACAGGUCGUCACGCUUCCAUAUCUGACAACUCCAGAAGGAGACUUUGACGUCUUUAUCCCCAUUGACAAUACGUCUUUGGCUCUGACGCCUGGUACCGGCGAGAUUCCGCCGCAGCGACUCAAUGUUUACGCGCAGGGCACUGAUACUGGCAAUGCAACAUCGUACCUCGUUUCAGAUGAAGGAUUGACCGUCAUCAGCGACAUUGACGAUAUCCUCCGUGUCACCAAGAUAUAUCAACCGAAGGAAGGGUUGCUCAACUCAUUCGCUCGCCCGUUUACUCCAUGGAUGAAUAUGCCGGACAUAUACCGCAACUGGUCUGUCAGCCUCCCGAACAUGCAUUUUCACUACUUGACCACGACACCGGAGCAAAUCACACGCAACUACAUGCAGUUCAUCUAUGCCACGUAUCCGGGUGGGAGUUUUGAUACACGGCCGCUCAACUUCAGCGAUGUGUCGGCAACACUGUCCAUCCGCAAAUGGCUCCUGGAGAGAAUCUUCCAAACCUUUCCCCACCGCAAGUUCAUCCUAGUGGCUGACACCAGCAAUUCGGACGUUAUGCGAGACUAUCCCGAGAUGGCGACGGAGUAUCCAGGUCAGGUCCAGUGUAUAUUCCUCCGCAACACCUCCUCCACCGACUCGGGCGACAAGUUUCCAUAUAAUACUGAAGGCUUUAAGAACCUCAACCAGCAGAGUUACAUGUUCUUCCGAGUGCCUGAUGAUUUGACAGGGCUGGAUAUUGUCAACGGACAAUGUUACAAUGCGUCGAUUCCACAGAACCUGACGUUUGGAUACCAAGGAUUGCCUUUCGGGAUCAAUACAGGCAGUGGUGACAACAACAAGAACGGAACCACGAAUGGAGCAGAAAGGGUUUUGGGGCGAGACUCGGGGCUGUCCUGUCUCUGGGCUGUGCUCGUCGUUGCCUUAAGCACUCUGUUCUCGGUUGCAAUAGGCUGA